AUGGUCAUUGUGAAAACAAAGCUGAAUCGCGCCUUAACUCGACUCGCAGAGCAGGAGAUGGGCAACUAUCCAUUCAAGACCCUACACAAAGAAGCGACAGCACACUACCCACUUAAAAUCGACUGUGCCACGUACAUCGUACCCGGAUGUGUGAGGCCCAACUCAUCUCAAAGAAGGCGUUUAUCCACAACAAGAGAAGUCAAAGCCGGGGAUCUUCUUCUUUGCGAGAAAGCCUUCUCAUAUGCCUUCUAUAAUGAAGUUGCACGGAACCAGCCUCGCAUGCUAUUGAUGAACACAGAUAGAGACUCCAUGGCUAUCGGCUUGCAGGUAGAGAUUAUGGAGAAGACGGUUCAAAAACUGUACAAGAAACCAUAUGUCAAAUCCAUCGAUGUCUCAGAGGUAGAUGUCCAGCCAAUCGUGGACACCUAA